AUGUGCCAGCUUCAAAGAUAUGAUGAUCCAGAUCUGUCCCUUGUUAAAGAGUUCAAAUAUAUCAAAUUGCCUAAUACAAAAAUGAGAAUUCGUCUUCUGCGGUUGAAGCCAGCCGCCUUUAAUAACCAUCAAAUCCUUUGCGAAUUCAUAGAGGCAGAUUAUGAUAACGCUUUUCACGUACCAACAAAGCCUAACCUUAACCCCAAGAAAGAUAAGAUCGGAUCCACCCAAUACCCACGCAAAGAGCUAGAAGAUGAGGAUAGUAGAGAAUACAACAAUGUUAGUUCGGAACCACCACCAACGGAAGAAGAUGCGAUCCAGGAAGAAAGAAUAGCUCAAUACCGGGAUGUUGAGGCCAUUCGAAUCGAAUACGAAGCUUUAUCGUGGUGUUGGGGAACUGAACCUGAUGAUUACGCUAUCAUCAUUGAAGAGGACGGCAUGCCAUAUAAGAGAAGGAUAAAGAAAAGUUUAGCACUGGCGCUGAAGUAUCUCCGAUAUACACAGAAACCUAGAACAUUAUGGAUUGAUUCAAUAUGUAUCAACCAGGAAGAUGACAACGAGCGGAAUCAUCAGGUUCAGAUGAUGUCGAGAAUCUAUACCAGAGCCGAGCAGGUGUGUAUCUGGCUUGGAGAGAGCAACGACGAUAGUAAGGCAGCAAUCAAAUUCAUCAAAGAAGAAGUGAUAGAACUCAAGCAUUUCGACUUGAUAUGUUCAGACAAAACAUAUGGGAACAAGUGGCAAGCAUUGCUGGCACUUAUGCAAAGAUCCUGGUUUUCGCGCCGGUGGAUGGUCCAAGAAAUCGCGCUGGCCCGGAAAGCAACUAUAUAUUGCGGUCCCGACGAAAUUCCUUGGGAUAACUUUGCUGUCGCAGUGGAAUUAUUUGUUGAAGUGGAAACGGCGACUCACCGGCUUUCCGAGGUGAUGCAGAAGGAUGAGAAGUUCCGCCACAUUCCUGGCUGGUUCGAACAUGUUUCCGAACUUGGAGCCAGCCUCCUAGUCCAAGCAACAGGCAAAAUCUUUCGAACCCAGAGUAUAGACACAAACACCGUCCCAAAUCCCGAACCUGAUGAUAUUCAAACAAUCGACCCCUUGAAGAGACGGAGCUUGUUGAGUUUACAAUACCUAGUAACCACCAUGUUCAUCUUCCAAACAUCAGAGCCUCGAGAUGCGAUAUACUCAUUGCUCGCCGUCGCUCGCGAUACUUCGCCAUUUGUCGAAAAAUCAGUUCCUGCAGACAAAAGAUACGCAUUAUUUAUGCGCACGGGCUUCUCUUCUUUUCUGGAGGAGAAGCCGUUCCACGUGGAUUAUGGCAAGCCAUAUUAUGAUGUCUGCCGAGACUUCGUUGAAUUCAGCAUCCAUCGCGGCUACGAAGUAGACAAGGUGCAGACGCUAGAUAUUCUAUGCCGCCCAUGGGCUCUCGAACCACCUACCAGGGGGUCAACCCGUAUUCAAGAAGACUCUGCGCUAUCAAAGAAGCCCAAGAAAGCAUUGAGGCAGUGGUUGGAAACUGUUCUGGAAAUUUGGUAUAAAAAAGAAUGGUCAUUUUAUGAUGAAGGUGAAGUCAGAGUAUCAAAUGAAGAGGAUAAGGAUCGGAGAUGGGAGGCUAGGCAGUGGAAAAAAAAGCACUUCCCUCACCUUUCGAGACUCUAUAAUUCGCCACAGAAACAACGUAGUCGCAUCCGUAACUCCCAAAGUGAAGAUUCAGAUGGGGAUACCGAUGAUACCUCGGAGGACGUUGAUAUUCCGCUUCCAUCUUGGAUUCCUCUGGCAUCAUCUGCGCCUUUCGCACUAUUCUAUCACCCUGGUAUGGACAUUCAGAAAGCUGGUAGAGUUAACGCCGAUCCUCUUGUUGGCGUUCCUCGCGACCGUGAUAGGAACUACAGUGCGGCGCAGACAGAACAUGCAGAUUUAACAGUCCUCAAAUUCCGAAAGAGACUUUCCUUAGGACAUUACAGCCUCUAUGUCAAGGGAUUUAUAUUUGAUGAAGUUGCUGAAGUAAUGGAAGCUUCUCAGGGUGGUUCUAUUCCGACAUCUUGGCUCAAAUUAGGUGGUUGGAAAGAACCUGACAAAUACAACCCACCUGACGAGUUCUGGAGAACACUUGUUGCAGACAGAGGCAAGGAUAAUAAAAAUCCGCCAUAUUAUUACGCCAGAGCAUGUAAGGAGUCUGCAAUCAAGGGGGGGCUACGGAGUGGUGGUAUUAACACCACAGCUCUAAUCAACGACGAACGCAAUUCCAUUAUUGCUGAAUUUUGUCGACGCGUUCAGGCAGUUAUUUGGAAUCGCCGAUUGUUUAAGACGAAGGGAAAUGUUUUAGGACUAGCAUCAAGCGAUGUAAGAAAAGGAGAUAAAGUUGGUAUUAUCUACGGAUGUACGGUGCCUGUUAUUUUGAGGGAAAGGCAAAAGGGACCAGAGGAUACGAGGAAAGAAAAGAUGGAUGAUACUGCGGAAAAUCUGAAAACACUUAUUAGUAAGUGUCAGGAGAGACGACGCCGGAAGUUGGAUUUCAAGGCUAAAGGAGAGGUGCCAAAGGGUAUAAAGGAAGCUACGGAGAUUGCAAACAAGAAGCUAAAGGAAUUGCUAGAUGAUGGGAAACCUGGGAGAGAAGAGAUUCAGGUUAAUGAUGGUAGUGAGGAGGAUGCGGAGAAGAAUGGCGACCUAUCAGAAAGAGCGAAGAACGAAAAAAAGGCAAGAGAAAAGGACCCUCUACGUUAUUAUCGUCUCAUAGGGGAGAGUUAUAUCCAUGGCAUGAUGGAUGGUGAAGCGGUGCGUAGGAAGUUUUAUGGCGAUAUUCCGGAUCAGAUAUUUGAAUUGAGAUAG